AAAUCGCGCGCGAUUGUAAUUUCUCACAGUUUACGAAUAUAUGGUUUUAAAAUAGGAUGCACAUUAAAUAUUAGUUUAUAAAGUUAUUUAAACUGUUUAUUAAAUUUUAUCCCUAGACCAAGCUCGAAAAUGAAUGAGGACAUUAAUGUUACUUUUAUUAUCCCCUUAGCUUGUAGUAAUGAAAAUGAAUGUUCCGAUGAAAUGCAACUCGCUUUUACCGCAUGUGAACAGCACAGUGGAGGUGGAAUCAAAGCUCAGUGGGUCCAUCAGACCAAAUGGAGAACAUUUGAGGGGCUGACGAAGAGAGAUGUGUUGGUGUUGGCAGAAUUUGAAGGGGAGUUUUAUGAAAAACUGAGAAACACUAAAUGCUUGCUAGUUGGUCCCAGGUGUUUAUCAUGUUGCUUAAUGGAAGGAUCGCCCAUCCCUUCAGGGCCAGAACCUGUAUUCACUAUUGCUAUGAGAGGCCUGAUAGUUACCGCAAGUGGCAUGACUAAGCAGCAGAAGGCAAACAUAAAAAAGAAAGUGCAUUGGAUGGGAGGACAGUAUAGUACAGUUUUGGCCGAGGAUACAACACAUCUUAUAUCCAACACGGUGCUCUCUGACAAGUACAUUAAAGCAGUGGAAAGAGGUAUACCAGUAAUGAACGAGACGUGGCCGGACGCCGUCUGGGAAGCUUCCAUGCGACUCAACGUGAACGGGUCGUCCACUGACUUCGAAGGACAUAGAUUACCAACGUUUGCUAAUUUACAGGUUACCACAACAGGAAUAUCGAAGAAGGAAAAGCUUCUUACAAUGAAGCUCAUAAAUGAAAAUGGUGGAACAUUCACGGGGGCCUUUCAGAGCGAGGUCACAGACAUCGUCGUGCUGACGAAAGAGGGAGUGGGCAGCGAAAAGUACAAAGCGGCACUGGAAUACGGCAAAGCGUGCGUGCUGCCCGCAUGGGUAGUGGACUCUGCCGCUAUGGGAGUGGCUUUGCCGCUCGCAAAGUACAAAGUCGCCGGCGCGUCUACUUCCUCGCCCCUCGCAGAGCAUCGCGUACCUGACAUGAGUCUAAACUUUUCGCGUAUAACGAAUAUCCGGCCUCCUAAUAAUUUCGUAGACGAAAGUAGAUCGGUCGAUAUAACAACAUUGUCUGCAAGAAUGAAGCUAUCACAAGAGAGCAAAAAGUCAUAUGACACAUCGAUUGACAAGGAGAUGUUGUCGGAGUUUGAGAAGUUCGACAUGAGUUGCAUUAAGAAAGCUGGACCUAUUUUUGAUGGAUUCUGUAUCUGGAUAACGGGUCUCGAGGGUGUGUGCCGGGAGCGUGCGGCGGCGUGCGUUUCGCGGUGCGGCGGCGUGCGGUACGACUGCCCGCACGAGCGCGUGACGCACGCACUUGCGGGUACGGGUGCGGCGGCGAGCGCGGCGCUCGCUGCGUUGCCCAGUGUACCAAUCCUAAGUCCUCUGUGGUUGCUACGCAGCGUUCUUGCAGGGAAGGCGUUGGAUGAAGCUGAGUAUCUAAUUGAGAAGAAGAUCACAACACCGGUCAAAUCGAGCGCUCGGAAGGCGCGAAUCGAACCGGCGUCCCCAAUGAGCAAGCGGAACCUUCAGCUACUGAGGCAUGGGCCCCUCGACCUGCCGCCUCCCGCUCCGGAAAUAGUGGAGCCGCAAGAACAUCAAGACGAAAUAGUUAAUCAUUAUCUGAGUCAAAUAGUACCCGAGCCGCAAGAGAAGACCCCAGAGCCGGUUGCACCGCUCGAGCCUUUGCAGGAACAACCGGAUGUCACUGAUGAUAUGGCCGAUGAACCCACUGAAGAGGUUGAACAGAUAUUCAGAGGCAUUAAAAUUGAAGUGCACGGUCUCGAUGAGGAAGCGAUUUGCGAGAUCGGUGCAGAGGUGGCUGCCGCUAGUGGGCUGCUGGUGGCGUCUGGUGCGGGCGGGGACUACGUGUUGGUGCCGUUGGACUGGGAUGCCACGUCGCAUAUUGAACAUAUCACAGUGUUUUGGAUCAAAGACUGUCUCUCGCAGCAAGAAUUACUACCGAUACAGUACUAUCAUCGGCCUGUGAAGUUGCCUCAGUGGGAAGGCCCCGGACCUUUGGAGGGCGUGGUGGCGAGCCUCAGCACGUACAGCGGAUUUGAGCGUGCGUUUCUGGACGAAUUGGCCAAGUUAUUGGGAGCCGUAACUCAGCUGCGUUUCUGUCGCCGAAACACGACGAACGCUAUGGCGUCUACUCACCUGAUAUGCCCCACGCCCACGGGUGACAAAUACCAGGGCGCAGUCAAAUGGUCGCUGCCCGCUGUCACAGCUGACUGGCUGUUGGAAUGUGCUAGAACCGGCACCAAGGUCAGCGAGUGUGGUUACCUUGUGGGAGACACUAAAGCACCAGUUAUUCCCGAACAACAAGAGCCUCCUGAAGAUCAAGAAGCAGAACAACGGAGCAAACAGACAAGAAUAGAACAAGAAGAAACGCCAACAGAUGUGAUAGACAAAGAAAACGCCAUGUUACCUCCAAAAGUAUCAAAUGUGCCACGACGGGGAUCCAUGCCUAGCAGAGAACAAACGCCUAAAGGGAAAAUGGCUAAUGAUGGAGAUAUGUCGCCGGCGUCUCGGUACAUAGCAAUGGCUCGACUAGGUUUAUUUGGUGGCGAUUCACAGGAGACGCCGAAGCGAUUGCAAGAACUCAAGGACGAUGCUAAACAAGGCGAUGCAGCAUUCAGAACACCGCCCUUAGAUGACGCGUUAUCAACUCCGAACCUCAUGAGAUUAAGUCCCACCACACGGAGAAGGUUACAGGCCAUCAAAAGGGGUGAAAUACCUUCAGAUACUCUACGGACACCUGUGGAUCCAUUCGACAAAAAGACUGAAACUCCAGACAGUGCGUUCGGGGCGAUACUCAGGCCCGGCUCGGGACGUCUAUCGCCAGAAUCUAGAAAAAGACUGUGGAAGGUCGUCCAAGAUCUACCGUCCAAACAGCAGACGCCCACAGAAGAAAAACAUCAAGCUACUCCACUCUCCGAGAUCCGGAAUCGUUUUCUUGCGCAAUUCAACUCUGACGCGCCGACACCUCCCUCUGAACACCACGCCGGCCCCAGGAAACUACAUCUAGGGGAAGAUGCGGAAACCCCACCACCGAAAAUGGCCAAGUUUAAUCAAGAGCAAAGCGCAGGGGGCCUCAACGUAUCAGGAGCUGACGAAAGCACAAAAAGCGCUUCAAGCACUUCAACCGCUAGCAAUUCUCUUCCAGCGGUUGUUGACGUCCAGCUGCAAAAGCUGAGCGCUGCGCUCACGGGCAGGCCUAGUUUACAGCGUAAAAGGCCUCGGGACUCUACCGCAGUAAAUCCAGGCCCAGAAUUGGACGCCGGUCCAGAUUCUCAACCAAACACUGUAGGUUGGGACGACACGACCCCAGCGAGGCAAGUCAAGAAAUUCAUGCUGUCUUCCAAUGUUGACAACCACGAAGAGAUAGCGGAAAUGAUUCGCUACCUAGGCGGGGACAUAUCUGAAGGCGGUGAACUGGAUUUGGAAGCGACCCAUCUAUUAUGUUCAGCACCGGGCAGAAGUGAGAAAAUGUUGGGUUCCGUAGCGGCGGGGAAGUGGGUGCUGCAUCCAGCUUAUGUGGCCCGGAGUCGAGCGGCCGGGAAAUUCUUACCGGAAGAAGAAUACGAAUGGGGUAAUCCAAUCGCAACUUGUCUUCCAACAUUGUCCGGGGCGGAAAAGACCCUCGGCAGGGCGGCGCAUCGCUGGCGAUCUAGCCGCGCGGCUGGUAACCCGGGGCCGUUCGCUGGAAUGACUGCGUUGUUACACGUGCCCGCGGCCAGGAAGCGUCUGUUGACCAGGUUACUGGAAGCUGGCGAAGGGACUUCUGUGGACGAUGAACCACCAUAUACAGACGACAGUAUAUCAGUAUGCUUCGCAGAUAUAAAACGCUACCCUUUAUCAGACCGCGACGCGGCGUGGUUCAUAUCGAAGCGCAUACCCGUAUGUCCGCCGGUGCUUCUCAGUUCUUACCUCACCGACGACGUACCGCCCAACCCGGUCGAACACUGUCUACCCGAUUAUAGACCUAAAUGAUAUGUGGUAUAGAGCUUAUUUUACCUUUUUACUGUAUUAAAGUAUUCGUUUAAUUUUU